AUGCGCGCAUACCCCGCCCUCCUGACUCUUCUCCUUUCAGUAUGCGUCUCCGCUGUCCCUUCACGGCGUGCGCCACACGUCGUUCACGAGCGCCGUGCCAACGAACCGAAUCCAGAGAGAUGGCAGCGUACAGGACGCGUCGAGCCUGACCGCGUCCUGCCUCUCAAGAUCGGCCUUGCGCAGCAGAACUUGCAUCUACUGGAAGAGAUGCUCAUGAAGGUGUCUCAUCCCAAGAGUGACUCGUACGGCCAGCACUGGUCCCCCGCGGCAGUCGUCGACUUCUUCGCCCCCAAGGACGAGACUAUCGACGCAAUCAAGGGGUGGUUGGCUGACGCUGGGUUUGAUGCAGAGCGCAUCAGGGUAUCGCAUAACAAAGGAUGGAUUGACGUAGCCAACGCUACUGCUGCGGAGGUGGAGGAGCUCCUCGAUGCCGAAUACCAUGUUUAUACGCAUGCGGCCACAGGCUUGCAACAGAUCGGCUGUCACUCGUACUCUGUACCUGCCCACAUUCAGGAGCAUGUGGACCUUAUCAAACCAACUGUGCACUUCACCCACCACAUACCUGAGUCGCCCUCCAAGAGGAAGAGGGAGUUGAAGAAACGCUUCGGUGGGAUCGGGGCCCCGUCGCCUGAGACGGGCCCGAAGACGAACGGUGUAGCCGUCACUAUCACUCCUUCACUGGAAACUUGCGAUCAAAUGAUUACGCCCGACUGCCUCCGUGCACUGUAUGCCGUCAACUACACGCCCGUUGCUACCGACCGUAACACAUUCGGCAUCACCGAGUUCACGCCUCAAGCUUUCCUUGCCUCUGACUUAGACCUGUUCUUCGGGAACUUCUCCCCCUCGCAGGUUGGCACCCGACCUAUCACGGUGGCUAUCGAUGGCGGUACGGUCCAAACAACCGACCAGAGCUUCGAUUUCAACGGUGAGAGCGAUCUGGACCUUGAAUAUGCUUUUGCGUUGACCAACCCGCAGCCCAUUACGCUCCUGCAGACGGGCGAUCUGGUCGAAGGAGCUUCCUUCGAUAACUGGCUUGAUGCUGUCGAUGCUUCAUUCUGCACAUUUGAAGGCGGAGAUGACCCGGACUUCGACGGAAUUUACCCCGAUACCGCACGUGGUGGGUUCAAAGGCGCAGAAUCCUGCGGCAUCAUUGCCCCUCCGAACGUUGUCUCUACAUCAUACGGUGCCGACGAGGCCGACUUUACUGUCGCAUACGCAAACCGGCAAUGCGCUGAGUACGGAAAGCUGGGCAUGCUUGGCACCACCGUGCUAUACAGUUCUGGUGACGAUGGCGUCGCUGGCAAUGGAGGAGAAUGUUUGACAGCACAAGGAACUCCGUCGACCCGUGGCACGCGAUUCAGUCCUGACUUCCCGGUUACAUGCCCUUUCGUCACCGGUGUCGGAGCUACCCAGGUCAACCCUGGCGCCACGGUGAAUGACCCAGAAAGCGCUUGCGCUCAGGUCAUCUUCAGUGGAGGCGGCUUCAGCAACUUCUUCAAUAUGCCAAGCUAUCAAGCGGAAGCUGUAACCAGCUUCCUGACGAACCACCCGCCUCCGUUUACUUCCGCGCAGUUCAAUAACAGCGGUACUUCGCGUGGUGUUCCAGAUCUUUCCGCCAAUGGCGCCAACUAUGUAAUCGGCAUCGACGGAGAUUUCGAGCUGGUAUUCGGGACAAGCGCCUCGAGUCCCGUUGUGGGUUCGCUGAUAACUCUUAUCAAUGACGCUCGUAUUGCUGCCGGAAAGGGUCCAGUUGGUUUCAUCAACCCUGCCAUAUACUCCGGCGAUUUCCAGGCUGCUUUCAACGAUAUCACCAACGGGACGAACCCCGGCUGCGGUAUGUCCCUUACGACCGGCUGGGACCCCGUUACUGGCGUUGGCACCCCCAACCUCACCAAGUUGAUGCCACUUUUCCUUGCUCUUCCCUGA